UUCAUCCUCUUUCCCUUUCUAGGGUAGGGUUAGGGCUGGCGUCGCCCUUCUCCUCUUCGAUUUGUCUUUCGCCUGCGCCAUCGACCGCGAAAGUUGAGGCCUUUGAGAUCGAUAUGGCAUCGGAGGCGGUGUCCGCCACCCCCGCUUCCCUUGUGCAGCAGAGCUUCGCGGAGCUGGACAAGCAGCGGGAGCUCAUUACAUGCUGCACUCAGCUAUGGAAGGAGCUCUCCGAUCACUUCUCCACCCUUGAGCGACGGCUCGAGAAGAAGUCCGAGGCUCUUAGGUCCAAGCGUCAGUCGCUCGAUGCUUCCUCCCGCCGCACCCUCAGCGUCCUCCGACGCCGCGAACUCACCAUCGAUGCCUCCGUCGAAGUUGCUCUCUCCAAGCUCGACGCUGUCAAGGCGAUCCAGGUCGUCUCUUCUGCAGCGGAGGGCGACGAGCUCGAUCUCACCUCAAAGCUACGAUCUUUCUGCACUAAAGUGGAUUUCCAUGGAUUCUUCGACCUCGUAGUUGCUAAAAGGAAGGAGGUGGAGUUGCUUCGGUCUGAGCUCCCAGUGGCCCUCGCAGACUGUAUUGAUCCGGGCAAGUUCGUCAUUGACGCGUUAUCUGGGAUCUUCCCCGUCGACCGGAGGCCCGUGAAGUCGCCAAAUGAUCUCGGUUGGGCAUGUGUGCUAGUGUUGGAGUCAUUGGUGCCAAUCCUUGCAGAUCCUGAGCUGGGGCCAGCGAGGCCGUUGGUGACUCGAACCAUAAGGGAGCGUGCUCAGGACAUGGCAAAGGAGUGGAAAGAGAGUCUAGAGCUGCGUGGAGGGAUUGAGAACGUGAAGCCACCUGAUGCGCACACAUUUCUCCAACAUGUGGUGACCUUUGGAAUCGUAGAGAAGGAUGACAAAGAGCUAUACCGAAGACUUGUUGUAACUUUCGCUUGGCGAAGGCAAAUGCCCAAGCUUGCUAUUUCAUUAGGACUUGAGGAUAAAAUCGAAGAUAUCAUCGAGGAAUUGAUCAACAAUGGACAUCAGCUAGAUGCAAUAAGCUUUGCUCAUGAAGCUGGUCUGCAGGAGAAGUUCCCUCCAGUUCAAUUGCUAAAAUCCUUCCUUGAAGACUCAAAGAUAGCAACUUCAACUGCAGAAGACAGCAACAACAGUGGGCAAACUGCAAAUACCACAAGCCGCAAGGAACAGUCAGUUAUUCGUGCCGCUAUCAAGUGUAUUCAAGAACAUAAGCUUGAAGCUGAGUUUCCCAUGGAGAGCCUUCAGAAGCGACUCGAGCAUUUGGAGAAGGCCAAGGUGGAGAAAAAAAAGACGUCCGGUGGCAGUCCUACCAAUGACCGGCCUAAUAGCCCAGCCAACAAGCGAACACGAGCCAACAAUGGGGGACCGAUGCCUCCUGCCAAGGCCGGCCGGCUGACGAACAAUGCCUACGUGUCCUCCUUCCCUGCUCAUCAUACCUUUGUACGAUCACCUUUGGUCCACACCACAUGCCCCGGAACAUCUCCUUAUCCUUAUGACAGCCCACCAGGACAUGGGGUCUAUGGUAGCAGGAGUCCACCAGCUAUCAGAGAUGCUUAUGGAUACCCAACUGAAGCCACCCCUGCUCCACUUGCUGCAUCAUAUCCCUCGCCACCAAUGAGCUACCCACCAUACGGAAAUUACAACAAUGGCAUGGUAGGCUACCACAAUGUAUUGGCACCAGUGUAUCAGCCAGCUUACUACAGGUAGGAUGGAUUCACUUCAACUCUGAAACUAGUAGAUCUGGCUGGGCGAUAUCUAUAUCCAAGUGCUCAAAAUAUACAGUUUGUUGUUUCAUGCCCUACUUUGCAGUAACUGACUAAAAAGUAAAGACAUAGGAUGUGUGUACUAGAUGGUAUGCUGUAGUUUCUGUUUAGAUCAGCUCUAUUCUGUGUUGUCCUGCUGCAGUGUAAAUUUAAUCGGAUGUUAUGUCGAAAAUGUUUAUGUUUAAGUGAUGUAUGUGAUACUUUGUUGUUCAA